AUGGAUACCAUGGCAGAAGAAGCAGCUCAAGUGGUGGCCCUACCUCAAACCGGACUACGGCAGGUACACGAGGAAGACGUGGUCGGUUUCGGUAUAUCCAGUAACGGAAAGUUCAUGAUGUCCUGCUCUGCGAAGACUGAUAUGAUCAUCUACGACCUCAAAGGCCAGAUCCUGGAACGGCUGGACACUUACUUGAUGAACACACAUUCAGCUAAGAUCUCCCCUUGUGGUCGUUUCGUGGUGGCCACAGGUUUUUCACCGGAUGUAAAAGUCAUGGAAGUCUGCUUCACUAGGAAUGGAGAUUUUAAACAGGUGGUUAAGGCUUUUGAGCUGACGGGACACAAUUCCGGAAUCUACGAUGUGGCAUUCACACCUGAUACGUCACAUAUUGCAACUAUAUCUAAAGAUGGCACGUGGAAGCUAUUUCAUACUAACAUCAAGUACACACUCGGCGAGUCACCGCACGUGUUAGAAACGGGAACCUAUACACCAGGAGUUAAUCCGCCACGCAUCGCUCUCUCACCCAACGCCGAAGUACUAGCUUUGGCCUGCGACACCAACGUUUCCUUCUACGAUACAUACACUGGCAAAUUGUUUGGGACCGUCGAGAAUAUCUACUCAAGUUCAAUAAACUACGUAUCCUUCGAUUCAUCAGGUCAGUAUUUGUACGUGUGUGGCGAGCGGGCAGUGCGCAUACUUCAUAAUGUUUGUGGUUGGUCGACUAGUAUUGAUACAUGCACGAGACUUCUUGCAACUAAACAGACCUCUGCCACAGUUGAAAGACUUAACAAGACUAUCCAGGAAUGUAAGGAGAAGUUAGCUAAGUUUAACAACUAA